AAUUUUUUGUUCAAGUUGAAAUUUUACCGAAUCCCAGGAAUUACCCAAAUAAUCCACUGCAGUGCAACAUGUUAUCUAUUGGUACAUAUUUGUUUGUCUUUGUGUUUUUAAAGAAGUCUGUGGCCCCUGUCUUUAUUUUUUUUAUUAUUAUUUUUUUUACAGUUUUGCCUUUUAUCUAUUGGCAGAUUUUAUAUUUUCUGCACAUCAAUGUGACAACAUGUUUAAAUAUGUACUCCUCUGACCAUUUUAUCUCUUUUUUUUUUUUUUUUUUUUUGUGUAUAUGAAAGUUUUAGGCCUUCACAGACAGGAUUUAGACUAAGCCAGGAUUACUGGUGUGCAUCUUGAGACAAUGGCACUGACAUAUUUUAAGAUAUGUAAGUACAAGUUUCUUCCAGUUAAAACAGCUCAAACAUGCAUUUUAGUGUAGGACUAGCUGAAGCCUCGUCUGUGGAACCGGAGGUGAGAGUGUGAACGGGACUUUUGUUUUGGUAUGCCCAUGUGACGCCAUAAGGCCGCGUCGCGCUGCUGCUCUGUUGUGAUUCACUUAAGAAAGGACAGAGCAUACAAAAAACACAGAGAAACUCCUGGUGAAACGGCUGAGAUCCACGUGACAGAUGGCAUUUAUUAAAGAGGAGAGUGAAGACGUGGAGAUUGAGGAAGUAUUCAGAGUGAAACAUGAAGAAACUGAGGAACAAACAGACCUGAUGGUGCUGAAAGAGGAAAGUCAAGAUGUGAAUGAAACAGAAGAGAAAGAUCAGUUUGGGAAACAUCGUGAUUUAACAACUGGAGAAUCAUUUAGUUGUUCACAGACUGAAAAGACUUCACAAAAAAGAGCUCAAAAGACAGCGAAUAGAAGUUAUUUCACCUGCCAACAGUGUGGAAGGAGAUUCACUCAAAAAGGAAAUCUUAAAACUCACAUGAGAAUUCACACUGGAGAGAAGCCUUACACAUGUCAACAGUGUGGAAAGAGUUUCACACAUCAAGGAACCCUUUAUACCCACAUGAUAGUUCACACUGGAGAGAGCUCUUACACCUGCAAAAUCUGUGGAAAAACCUUGACACGAAAAGGUAAUCUUAAGAUUCACAUGAGAACUCACACCGGAGAGAAACCUUUCACAUGUGAACAGUGUGGAAAAUGUUUCACACGUAAAGAAAGCCUUAAUAACCAUGUGAGGAUUCACUUGAAAGAUAGCUGUUGUAUAUGCCAUCAGUGUGGAAUGAGUUUCACAGACAAGAAGCAACUAAAGACACAUGUAAUAACUCACACCGGAGAGAAGCCUUACAUGUGCCAUCACUGUGGAAUGAGCUGCGCAAACAACACAAACCUUAAAGUCCACGUGAGAGUUCACACUGGAGAGAAGCCUUACAGCUGCCAUCAAUGUGGAAAGAGCUUCCCUCGAAAAGAAAGUCUUAAGACUCACAUGAGAAGUCACACUGGAGAGAAGCCUUACGCCUGUAAACUGUGUGGAAAGAGUUUCACACAUAAAGGAACCCGUUAUAGCCACAUGAAAGUUCACAAUGGAGGGAAGCGUUUUACAUAUCUUUAGUGUGAGAAGAGAUUCAAACAUUAAAUAGAUCUAAAAAGUCAUUUGCAGAGUCAUUCUUCCAGUGCUCUGAGAGUAAUAAGAGGUUUAGAACAAGGAGCAAUUUCACCUGUUCAUUCACUCUGGAGGAAGUAGGUAACCCGCGGGUCCUCGUAAAGCCUGUAAAAGCAUUAAUUUCACUUUUAACAACUUGAAAAUCCAUAAAAAGUCUUAAAUAUUGGGGAAAAGUCCUAACCGUUUGCAAAGGUUUAAAAUGUUUGCAGCACAAACAGAGUAGA